GAUCCCGUACAGAAGAAAGUGCCUUCUCUGACAUUCCUACUUGAAGCUGCUCACUGCUCUCAUCCUACAUUGUAAACAACACUGGCUUGGCCUCCAAAAAGAUCUCAAUUCCUCAGACUUGCCAAGGCACAAGGAACUGACACGCUCUUUCCAUUCACGGACAUUAUUAGAUAUCAUUCCAAGGAGAGUCAUUGCCUUCAGAUAUUGCUGUCCACAACCAUCGGCUCAAGACCAUUUGGAGACCUGGAGCAUGUUCUUAUUGUCGCGCCAGUGUUGUGCACCUGGGAAUAAAUGACUGAUGAAUGACUUGGCAGAGAUUGACAGCUUCACUGAUAGCGGCCAUCUCCCGUGCGACAGCUGAAUGUGCGGGGUCUGAAUGUGACAUCUCUAUUUAAAGGGCCUUGCCAACAAACAACAAAACUAGACACAAAACAACACAGAAAUACGUUCGCAGACUUUUGAACCCAAAUCAACAGUCCCGCUACUGACACCGUAGAGGUUCUCAAACAGCUAUGGCUUUAAACAUUGCGUCGAUGCGAGACACAAAAUGGCUGACGCUCGAGGUGUGCCGGCAGUUUCAGAGAGGGACGUGCUCGCGCAGCGACGAGGAAUGCAAAUUUGCCCACCCGCCCAAGAGCUGCCAGGUGGAGAACGGACGGGUGAUCGCCUGCUUCGACUCGCUGAAGGGUCGGUGUACGAGAGAGAACUGUAAGUACCUUCACCCACCAGCGCAUCUGAAGACGCAGCUGGAAAUCAACGGACGCAACAACCUCAUCCAGCAGAAGACUGCAGCAGCGAUGCUGGCGCAGCAGAUGCAGUUCAUGAUCCCUGGCACCACCAUGCAACCAAUGUUCCAUAUAUUGUCUUCUUCACAGCCUACAUUUCCUGUCAGCCAAGGUCUGGGCUCAAACCCUGGACUAAGUUACGCACCGUAUCUGACUCCCAUGAGCCAUGGCAUGGGUUUGGUCCACACAGAGAUGCUUCCCAGCACCCCUGUAAUCGUCCCCGGCAGCCCGCCGGUCAGUGUGCAGAGCUCGUCCUCCACACAGAAACUACUGCGCACAGACAAGCUUGAGGUGUGUCGUGAGUUUCAGAGGGGCAACUGUGCACGCGGCGAGACCGACUGCCGCUUCGCCCAUCCUAGCGACAGCCCCAUGAUUGACACAAGCGACAACACGGUCACCGUGUGUAUGGACUACAUCAAGAGCCGCUGCUCGCGCGAGAAGUGCAAGUAUUUCCACCCUCCGGCGCACCUGCAGGCCAAGAUCAAAGCAGCCCAGCAUCAGGCCAACCAGACUGCUGUCGCAGCGCAGGCCGCCGCUGCAGCCAUGACUCAGUCGACUGCCAAAGCAAUGAAGCGACCCCUCGAGGCAUCUGUAGAUCUGGCGUUUCCCCAUGGAGUCCUGCAGCCCCUACCAAAGAGACCAGCACUAGAAAAGAGUAACGGGGCCAGUACGUUCUUCAACCCCAGUGUCUUGCACUACCAACAGGCUUUGGCCAGCGCACAGCUUCAGCAGCCCACCGCUGCGUUCUUUCCCACAGCGUAACGUCAUAACCGAGGCCUUUGAACAGCUGUGUGCCCCUUUUGCAUGCAGUGCAUGUGCACAGAAUACUAAUGCAUAAUAUGUUUAAUAGGUUAAAUACAGACACGUUAUUUCGGGAGCACUGCUGAUUUGAAUAUCUCCAGGACUACUGGGAUACUUUGAUCUAAAAGUGAUAGCCGGCCAUAGAUUAAAUUAGAAAGUUCAGUGCUUCAAGGUCUUUGAUCUGCAUCUGUACACUGUCAUAUAUAUCUUAACUCCCACAACACAAAUGCUGAUAUAUACAUAUUA